UGCUUAUUGAUUAUUUGUAUUAAAAUGAACCGAUGAGAACUAAGUUACUCGUUAGCAACAACGGUUAAUAAUUCAUUCAAUUGAAGAUCUUAUUGCAGUUCAUCAGUUUGUCUUGAUUCGACUAGUUAAUAGUGUCUCCACUCAACUGAAAUUUUAUUCAAAAUAUUGACCGAAAUGCCCACAUCAAAUGGAAAUGGAUUGAUCAUUUGAGUCGCAAGAUUUCAUUCGACACUCUGAAACUAUCAGUAUCUGCGCACUUUGAUAUCAUUAAUUUGUAUAAAUGUUCACUUUCUGUGUUUCGAGCUCAAUUGCAUUUUACAAUUAGUCGCUGUAAACUUUCACCAGCAUUAUGUAUCGAAUCCCUAUUAAUAACAACGAAUCUUCAAGUUGCAAACCUAAAGGUUUAUAUGAUUCCAUGUUGCGAUUUGAAGGGAAAAAAAGUAAUUUUGUUCAUUUUCUACUCAUUUGUGUUAUUAUUUAUAAUAUCGUGGCCCUUUUAUUGCCAUAUGAAACAAGCACUACAUUCAAAAAGUAUAUAAUACUUAUCAAUUGUGUAACCUGUACUUCACAGCUGAUCUGGCUUAUACUUUUGCGUUCAAAGCGAUGUGAAUAUAUUGAAUUGGUCAAUCUAUUUGAAAGACAAAGUGGACUUAGCCUUGAAAAUCCGCUAGUUUAUCGUCAUUUCGCCAAAAUACGAAACAGUUUUCUAUUUUACAUCGUGACGAUUAAUGCUAUAGUUGCAUUUUUCAAUUUCCGUAGCUGUAUUAUAAUCUUUCAACAAUCGGAUGAUUUUGUCCAAUCAUUGAAGGCUUCACUUUUUAAUCUCAUGCUUUUGCUUCCCGUUCUUGGCUUUCAAUUAUUCAACCAAUUUCUUGUCGAAUCAAGUCUCUACAUUCAUGGAUGCUGGCUCAUUGUAAAUGAACAAAUUGUUUCACUUAGAAACAUUGACUGGCGAAUGUUAACUAGCGAUAAAGUUCGUGAAAUUCGUUCGAUGUACAGUAUUGCUUCUGAAACGACAGAAAGGAUGGAUUCAUUCCUGAGAUUACCGAUUUUAAAUUUCUAUUCAUAUGCUAUCAUCUCAGGUCAUAUUUAUCUUGCUGAAAUUAUUUACAACCCAUCGAUAGUAAGCUUUAUUAUUCUAGUAUUUCGCUUUCUGAUAAUAGCACUGAUCGCUUACAACAUGAUAUACAUUCAUUAUCUUUCAAAUAAAUGUUUCCAUGAUAUCUAUGUACUUUCAUAUGAGAAGCAUCCAUUUCAAGUCAACAAUGAAAUUCAAAUGUUUCUUGAUCGGAUCGGACAAUCGAAUGUCGGCUUUUCGUUUCUUAAAAUUUCUCUGAUAACAUCGACUUUCGUCACAUCAUUAGCUUCAUUAACUCUGUCUUUUGCACUCUCUGUACCAACAUUUUUUAGUUAAGUUUGAUAAAUCAUUACUAAUAUUCAAUUACCUAUCAUAAUUUGUACCUCAACUUUCAAGAAAAAU